CCCGGCCUCGUCAAGAUCAGCGUCUCCCUCAAAAUCCAGCCCAACGACGGGGCGGUGUAUUUCAAGGUGGACGGGCAACGCUUCGGCCAGAACCGCACCAUCAAGCUGCUGACCGGGGCCAAGUACAAGAUCGAGGUGGCCCUGCGGCCCGGGACCGUCCAGGACACGACGAUGGGCAUCGGGGGCGUCAAUGUCCCACUGGAAGAGAAAUCAAGGGACGCACAAGUGGCCUCUUACACAGGGAUCUAUGACACAGAAGGGGUGCCCCAUACCAAGAGCGGGGAGAGACAGCCCAUCCAGGUCAACAUGCAGUUUAACGACAUUGGCGUUUUUGAAACCGUCUGGCAAGUCAAAUUCUACAACUACCACAAACGGGAUCACUGCCAAUGGGGAAACAGUUUUGGCUGUAUUGAGUACGAAUGCAAACCAAAUGAAACGCGCAGUCUUAUGUGGAUCAAUAAAGAGACCUUCCACUGAAGAGGUGUGAAACCAAUACUGCUGGACAAUCUCCCUAAAGAAAACCCUACCUUUUUAAACCAGCAAGAAGCCUUAACAAAGGCAUACUGUAACGUUGCUUUGUUCCAUAAGGUUCCAACAACUACAUUGUAUAUACAGGUGGUGCCACUUAACUCUUUGCCUAUUACUGUAUUUUAAGUUUACCAUGGCAUCUGCAACAUUCCUUAUCUGUCACCUGAGAGUACUGCAAACUUCAUGGUAAAGAAUAUUUGAUAGCUGGGUAGAAAGUCAUGCCAUCAUUAUACUGUCAGAAGUAUUUGGAUUAUUCCCACUGAAUGGUUCCACUAGAUGUAACAAGUUUUGUGAAGUGUUUUGUUUUAUUGCUUAGAAUUUGGAUGCAACAUCACAUUGGUGAUUU